CAUGGCGGGCAAAACAAAUUGUUGAAAAAUCAACACAAACAUACAGGACCCGUUUCAAAACCAGACAAUUAGUUCAUCGUAUUGUAAUAUUUUACUUUUGUUUAGUAUUUGCUUAUAGAAGACUGCCUUUUUCUAUUUGUUAAGAAUACAUUUUUAUUUGAAAUCUUGUUUUGAAGGGAACAGAACAAGAGAACAGCUCAGUCAUCUGUCAAAAAUACUGAUCGUGUGUUGUUACCUUAGCUGAAGAUGUCAAACAAGAGACAAAGCAUCGCUCAAACUCCCAGGACUGCUAUAGGGGAAUACCUAGAUGUCUCAAGGACCCAUUCACAGAAAGUCAUCAGAAACAGACAUGAAGGUCUUAUAAGGACCCCUGAGCCUUUGCCAAGGCCGAGGCAUGCUCGAGUGUCUAGCCUGCGUGGUGAAAGACGACGGACGUCCCUGUCUACAAGUGUCGACGUUGAGGACACUCCAAGACAUCUGAUCGAGGGUUUUCUUCAAGAGGAGCACAGUACAGCCCCCCUGGUGAGGGUCCAACGCCGUACCUCCCAGACUGGUGUGUCGACCAGUCAGCCUCCCCGUCUGGAUGUUGGUUCACCGAGGGUUGGGUCCCGCCCAGGAGCGAGGAGGUCUAUUCGGAGGUCAGGGUCUGGGUGGCAAGAAGGUGCCAACAUGUCCAUGGGUUUUGAUAAUGACACCCCGAGGACACUGCUUCAGAAUUUUAUGAGAAACACUUCAUCAUCUAUGGAAACACCCCAGCUGUUAAGAAGGGAUGCGUCACAAGAACGUUCAUCUGGCUUGAGCUCUCCAGACAUACAGCCCCUCGUCAAUGAUACAUACCACACACCAAGCCCAUUUCGUGAGAGUUCAGAAGGUUCAAUGAUAAGCAGAUCGUCUCGGAGAGGAAGAACACCUCACAGGACAGGAAAAUUCAACAUCACCGCCCAAGAGCAGAAUUCUUCCCUGGUGAUUCCAGCCACCAACCCUAAUGACUACACCGUACCGAGCCCGUUCCGGUCAACCUCGGAUUCAGAAGAUGAGGAGGUGAUACCAGACUCUCAGGCCAUACACAGUCAGACAGCCUGCAGUAGGAGGAGAGGCAGCUUCAACUUGACGGUACCAGAGAGCAUGCUUGAACAUCUGAGGUUACAGAGGUCACAGCAGGCUGACCGCCAGUCGAGGGGCAAUAGGAGUGACCACCAUUCAGGAAUCUCCUUGGCUGACCAGCACAGUGACCAGCUUGACCAGUAUGAUGGUCAUCAGGGAGGGGAGGAAGGAUUUGACCGCAGCAGGCAAGAGAUGUUUGAAGAAGGGAAUCAGUAUGAUGAUCAGAUGGCGUAUAGAAACGAUAAUGAUGAUGUAGAUGAUGAUGAUGAAAGGACUGAGUAUACAAGCAGACUGGAGAAUAGGGAAAGUGAUCAUUAUGUUCGUCAGGAAAUGUAUGACAGAGAUGAUGGUCUGGAACAGUACCAAGAUGAGGAGAUGGAUGAUGAUCAGAGUGAACCUUCAGGCCAAUACAGGGAGAAAUCAGGCCAUGAUGAAUCAGAAAGCCUCAGAGAACAUAGAGGUGAUGGCUUAAAGAUUUUACCGGAAGGAGGAAUGUACAUGCUGUCAAUGAAAGUUAGUGAGAGCAGCAUGGAGGAGGAUUAUCGAAACAUGAGCCAUGUUUCAGCUAGUAGUCGCAGUGACAUGUCUAACAUUGGAAUGGCCGAAGUUGAAAAUGGGACUUAUGUUGGAAGAGAUGAGAGUGCAAGCAGAUCCUGUAGGUCGCUGUCAAAUAUGGAAAUGGCUGAUGCGGAAAGUGGGAUGUAUGUGGACAGAGAUGAUGGAGGGAACAGAUCCCGUAGGUCGCUGUCAAAUAUGGAAAUGACUGAUGCGGAAAGUAGGAUGUACGUGGGCAGAGAUGAGAGUGCAAGCAGAUCCCAUAGAUCGGUGUCAAAUAUGGAAAUGACUGAUGCGGAAACUGGGAUGUAUUUGAAUAAAGAUGAGAGUACGAGCAGAUCCUAUAGGUCAUUGUCAAGGUCGAGAGAUGAUCUUGCUGCCAGUAGGUCGGAUAUUAGUAGGAGAAGGCAGAGUUCAUUCUCAGCAGUGAGUCCUGAGGUUGAUACUAUGACCAGGCACCUGAGUAUAAGCGUGGACCUGGAAAGGUCCAUGAAGGCUCGAGACCAGGAGAGAAUGGGUAGAUACAGUGAGGGCCACAAAAGUAGGUUUGGUUCUCCAAGCAGGAGUGAAAAAGACUUGCGAUUAAGUGAUGGUCACUUGCAUGGGAAAGGAUCCCCAUUUGAUAUGCAGAGGUUGAACUCCAGUUAUGAACAUCAGAACCAAGAGAAUCAGUCAAGAUCAGCUUCCAGAAGUGUAGGAAAUCGUUCAUCAAGGGACCUGAAUAUAAGUUCAAGGUCAAGGCACAGCAGUGGUGAAAGUUUCUCUUCUUCUAGAAAUCCUCAUACAUCAUCCAGGUCAUUUGAUGGGGGUCCACAGACUUCUAGCAGGGACAGGUUUCAUGCUGAAAAUAUGGGCCAUGCUACUCUCACAGAUGAUAUGUACCAGUCACCGCGGAGCUUGUUAUCUGGUCGUCGGAGCCCCAGUAUUGCCUCCACCCCUCGGGUUCAAGAGGACUGGGAGUCCUGCAGCGAGCGGGGGGAUGGGAACAGCCCCCUGAAGGCGGUCACACCCUCCCCCGUCGUCUCCCCUCGAGGGGCCAGCCCUGCAAGCUCCUCCCACAGGUCACAGAGGUCAGCCAGAAUGUCAAGAGUGUCUGAUGGGUCAAGGUCAGGGUCAGUCUCAGGUGGUUCAAUGAUGUCCUCAAGGUCACAACAGUCACAGCAGUCACCUAGGAUUCGAAGCCAGGGAGGUAGAACCCCACUAAGGUCAUUGACCUGCCACAGUCGGAAUCCCAGACGAGAUCAGGGACCUUACAAAGUCAAAGGUCAACUCCAGUACUUCUAAGGUCAUCGCCAAGGCUUCAAGGGUCACCAAGUGCUUCUCUGAGGUCAACAUCAAGGUCGAUGCAAAGGUCAUCUCCACGGACACCAGGGUCAAACAAAGGCACACCUAAAUCAGAGAAAUCUGUCCUAGGCAGUAGCACUAGACGUAUGGGGCUGUCGCAGGCUUCUCCAGUUAUAGCAGGGAAAAGACAAGGAUCGGCUGAGGUGGACGCUCUUCCCCAUCAGACAAUGCUGUUUUCCCCCCCAAUAGCCUCUACCCAGAACAUCGGGGCUCUCUCCCGCCUCUCUCCCCAGCCAUCAACAUCUAGACAGAGUAGAAUCACCGACUUUGUACAGCAGGCAGAAGGCGAAAAUACAAACAUAACCUCCACUGCAGCUGAAAUAACAGUAAAAAG